UUUUAUGCCAGCCUUUUUCAACGAUCUCGUCCUCAGUCAGUAUAGUUUUGCGUUGUGAGGUUAAACGGAAAAUAAAUUCUAGUUUUCUGUUUAUUCUGUGCAAGAUUUCAUCCUUGGAAAAAAUCGACGGAUUCGUUCGUUUCUACGGUUUACGCGGAAAAUAUCGUUUCGUUCAUCAUGGAUGAUGGCAGGGAAGAGCAUCAAUUCGUGGUCGACGAUGUCAGUAAGAUUAUCAAGGAAGCAAUCGAAACCACCAUCGGCGGAAAUGCCUACCAGCACGAUAAAGUAAAUCACUGGACCGGUGCGGUUGUGGAGACCUGCCUCAGUGUACUGACUAAGCUACAGAAACCCUACAAAUAUAUCGUUACCUGUAUGAUAAUGCAGAAGAACGGUGCCGGAUUGCAUACGGCCAGCUCCUGCUUUUGGAAUAACGAAACGGACGGAUCUUGCACAGUUCGCUGGGAGAACAAAACGAUGUAUUGCAUUGUGUCGGUGUUCGGGCUGUCGAUCUAAAUCGUUGUGCAACGGCCUGAAACGACCAACCACUUGACGACUACAUUACUAAUAGGGGCCAGGAUUCGAUCGUUCCCGGCUGUUUUACAGGUGCUUUCCGGACUGGCCAAUGCUAAUCUAUAUUUUGGAUCAUAUCGUCCCUAUUUGUAUUCCACCGGAGGUGAUGAAUUCCAAUGUUAUACUACUAAUUAUCGUAAAUAAUCUAUCCUAUUUUCCGAACUUACGUGUUUUAUGUUAAAUCGUUCGAAGCGGGUUUUAGUAGUCUCUGCUUACUCGAUUUCUCGACAGUCCAUUUUGAUUUUGGUGUUCUUUUAUACUAUUUUACUUGAUCAAUGUGUUAUUGUUAAUAAUCUAAACUAUCGAUAUUUUGAUCUUAAACAAAACUCCAUAGCUUUCGCAUUAAAACAAGCUUCUCGCAUAUUUCAUGUGAAACGAUAUGUUAACGAUAAACGAAGUAAUUUUAGAUUCGUUUAAGAAAAUGAUACUAAAAAUUAAACAAAUUAACCUUAAUCUGUAAGUCCAGUUACAACAUACAAACGAUCCGGCUUUCUUGUAAGACGAGAAACCAAAUAUUAGGCCUUGGAUAAUGGAACUGAAAAGAUUUGACGAAACGAGCGAAUGAAUGGAUUUAAAUGAUAUUUGCAGCAUCUCUGCUGGAGAUUGCUGGUCGUUUUUGUUAUCACAAAUAUUAGAUAUGUGAGCAGUUCGCAAACGGUACGAUAUGUGUGUUAAUGUCAUAAAAUAAACUUUUAGUCGUAGUUUUUACAUCAAUAAAA